CAUGCCACUAGUCGAUGCCUCGCCAUCGGCCAAAACCUUCUAUUUAUGGUGGGGUCUGCACAUUGCUCGCAUGUGUCCGUGCCCAACGCUCAAUUCACGGCAUGGUGUGGCUGCGUUCCCAGUCCGCCACUGUGCUCAGAAAACGACACAUUUUUGCUUCGCGCGCCGGUCCACCACUCUACUUACAUUACUGCCUCCGUUUACUCGUCGGCUAGAGGCGGCCCCUCUCCCUGCGAAACCGGCAAGGGAAACCCCGUUGCGAAUUGUGAUGCGGUGAAGCCAUGGCCGUCUGGCCCAUUUGUCCAGUCGUCCUUCAGCUCACGGCUCACUCCUCCCCGCGAUGGACAGGCUGCAGCGGCGGCAUGAGGAACUGACGGCCGCGCGCUCCGGGGGACGCCGCGGCGGCGACGGCGGUGGCACGAUGGCGGAGAGCCGGCGCGGGCGGUUCUACUACCACGACGGGCACGGCGACGGAGGCGGGCCCACCGCGGCGGCGGUCCCGGUGGUGGACCAGGCGGACUGCACGGCGCAGUCCUGCCGGUCGUGCGUGGCGGUGACGCUGGCGGACGUCAUCGCGCUGGGUUGCUGCCCGUGCGCGGUGGUCAGCCUGCUGGGGCUGGCGUUCGUCAAGGCCCCGCUGGCCGUGGCGCGCCGCUGCCUGCGGCGGCUGCGGCGGCGGCAGGGCGACCUGCGGCAUAAGAAGCGGGUGCGCGACAUGGACCCCGCCGCCAAGGCCAAGUGCCGCGCGGGCGGCCGCGGCCACUGGGUGCCCGAGGCGGACGCCGACGCGGCGUUGAAAGGCGAGGAGGUCUUGGAGACGGACGCUCGCGGCGCGGCGGCGAGGCGGGCGAGCAGCUCGUCGUCAGGCAGGCUCGACGCGGAAAAGGUGUGGAUGGAGAUGUACCGGGUGGGGCACUGGGGCUUCGGCCGCCUGUCCAUCUCCGUGACCGUGAACCCACCCCCGCCCGUGGGAGCCGGCAACAUGGCCAACGGCCGCAACGCCGACGGAGACGGCUGUAGAAAGGAUGCGGACCUGCGGUGUGAGUCGUGACUGGCGAAGCCGCCCGUGCCGUCCGAUACACUGCUGCGGCCCGCUCUUUUUCCUUUUCUGAAAGGUUUGCCGCUGCACGGCGGCGGCUACUGUUUGGUGUACGCCGCCGGGCCGUGCCAAUGCCAUGGUCCGAGGGGCACCGGCCGGUGGAUGUCUGGGAGAAGCGCCAUGAUUGGAGGUGGUAAUGGCGAUUGCUGCUUGAUGCGCAGCGUGUGCCGCGCAGCCCCAACCAGAGGAAGGCCUUCCUUCUUCUGCUCGGUGGCCAGCUCGUUUCCAACUGGCUCUGUUCCUUGCCAAAAAAAAAAUUCGUCCUGUCUUAUCUUCUUUUGGUUUUGGGGAGCUCGACCUGUAUUUUUACAAGCUGUACAUAAUUUGAGCGGUCGAAUUCUCCCAGGUUGCUGUUUUUGGCGAUCUCUGUACAUUCUUGUUUUCCUUUUUCCCGGAAAAAAAUUGUACAUCGUUGGCUCGAAUCGUCCGUGUCUCAGACGGAUCGCUGAAA